AUGUUUCAUCCAUUCAGCACAUAUGUGCUUGUGCAGCUACUUCAAAGUGACGAACCAGAAGAGGUUCCUGUUGUCAAAACCGCCCUUUGUGACUAUCUUGACAUGGACCCUGAUGUUACUCUAGGGGUCUUGUGCGAUCAAACAGUUCCUCCUGCCGAUAGACGAAUGCAGCAGUGGCAAAAUACAGAGUGUCUUUGUGGGCCAACUUCUGACUGUAAUUUGCACUGGUUGACGAUCGCAAUUGCAUUGGGGCAAGUCCAAGAUGUGAUCGUCAAUGCACACCACACCAUUGAGUACCUGAAAUACACCAGGCACCCACAAACUCCUAACCCAAACUGGUUGACAAAUCCUGGACACCAAACCAUGAUCCUGCCUGCAGGAUUUGAACUCCAACCCCAGUCAAGAUCACACCUGAGGAUUGUGUUGUACCCCUGUGUGGCCUACACAGCUAGGACGGUAUGCCCAAAAGGCAAGGCAGAGCUGCCACUGCUAGUUCCCAACUUCCUGGUGGAGGAAAUGCAAUUUGAUGACUUUCAGUCAAUACCCUUCCUCACUAAUGACAGACACUAUAACUUAACUUUAACAGGCACAAUGUAUACAGUAAAUGAGAGGAGCACAUUCAUCCAUCUGGAGCCACUUAUUAUUACAAACACAUACACUGGAUUGAAUGUAAGAGAUUGCCCAAAAGUUCAGUUGGAGAACUUUGAGGCAUGGAUGGCAUCAAUGAGAGGUAGGGUAAAAGGCGAUCCCAUCAUAGUUGCUGAGCUGGCCAGGACACAGCAUCGCCAGAUGCGCACAGUCAUUGGCUGGCUAGAGCCUUUGGAUGGCACUCAUCUUUUUAGAGAAUGUGAUUCUGCUAGGGAAUGGAACCAUAAAAGACUUGAACUUGAGGCCCAGUUUUGGAAGCAUGUAGAAUUCUUUCCCCACAACUUCAAGCUCGAUUGCUUCCUUGCAUGUUCUAUCACAUUCUAG